AAGCUGUGUUGCUCCGCUGGGUGGCCGGUCUGCGCAAGCGGCGGGCUAGGUCCCAUGCUGGAGUUCUUGAGAGAAAGCCUUUUGUGCAACACCGAGGAGCCUCCCCAGAAGGGCGGGCGAAGGGCGGUGUGCUGCACGGGGACCCCCAGCCAACGACGGCCCGCGGAGGUGAUCUCCUCUCAGGGGGCGCCGGUGAUGGCCAAGAACGAGAUCCCCGCGGCGCUGCCUUGGGAUCAACCGAGGCCCAAGAGGGAUACGACUCCUUUGCGGAACAGGUCUCCCAUGCAGUCCUUUAGAUCAACAGCGUCUUUGAGCCAGAGCCCCCUGGGGACCGCCAUAGCCUGUUCUACUGCUGCCCUGGGGGAUGAGGGCCCCGGCCGCGGGCUCUACGUCGCCAUGCAGCGAGGGCUGGGCCCUCGGGAGCCAGCCAGAGACCGACGCAACGAUGGAUCUCCAACGAGGCCGAGGCCUUCCACCCCUUUGCGGCGCAAUCGCCCGCGCGUAGCUGCCUGUCCAGCAGUCUCCUAUGAAGCGCUUUCAGAGGACACCUUGGAUGUGUACAUGCAGAGGUUGGCGAGGUGCCUACCGCAGAAUGGCGCGCGCUCGCUGUACAUUCGUAGACUAUCUCGUGGUGAGUACGAGGUGGAUGGAUGUCGGGUGAGCAUUACUAUGCGCGGGGGCGAGGCUUAUGCGUACUCGACCAACAGCAAUGACGAGCUCGGGCGAGGUGAGACUCUGCAAAGUUACCUGCUUCGAGCUGCAGAUAGAUCGCUGGUGCGGUCCAUGAGCGGGCCGUCUGGGGCCUCCUUCAAUCAUCAUGAGGUCAUGAGCCGCGUGCCAAUGGCGCCGCGCGGCACUGCAAGCAUGCCGGUGCACAACAGCAGCCCCUAUGCUGGCGUGUUGGUGCGAGCCCCCGAUGGUGGGAGCUUCUUGCUGGGCAGCAGCUUCUACAGCGUGCCCGACCCCAGCGCGCAGAAUGCCGAGGCUAUGCACUUGAUGCAGACGCAGAAGCAUCAGCUGCAGCACUCUUCUUCCAGGCAGGCCAGCCAGGGCUCCUUCUACUUGGAGGCGCCGAAUUGGAGGAACUAUGUUCCGGCGGUCGCGCCUGGUGCGUAUCCUGUUCCAAUGCAGGCCCUUUACGGUCAUGGCCAUCCCUCCUUCGUGGCGGUGUCUGGCUGAACAUGGAGCUUGCAGCGAGCAAGGGCUCGGGUGCGAGUUGCAUGCAUUCCCAGCAAAACUGGUGUGUACCGUACGGGAACAGUCCCCAUCGAG